GCUAACCCUGUUCUUCAUUUCAGGUUUUUAAGUGCCUGGGGCAGAGAGGAGCACGCACAAGUAACCAUCCUAUCCUGACAUUUCAGGAGAAAUGGUUGAACCUGUGGGUAACCACUAUGUUAUAGCCAGACCUGUAUACUCGGAGAAUGCAUUCAACGAAGAGCAUGAGAAAUUGCACAGAUAUCAUAAAACCUUUUGGGAUAAUCUGAAACUCUAUUUUAGCUGCUCCUCACAAAGGGUCAAAAAAAUUGCUUUGGGUUUGUUUCCAGUUGUUUCCUGGCUGCCAGCGUACCGCUUCAGGGAGUGGAUCCUGAGUGACAUUGUCUCUGGCAUCAACACAGGGCUCGUGGCUGUGCUGCAAGGUCUGGCUUUUGCUUUGCUGGUGAAUGUCCCUCCCAGUUAUGGACUCUAUGCAGCAUUCUUCCCUGUCCUGGUCUAUUUUAUCUUUGGCACAUCGAGACAUAUCUCAGUGGGUCCCUUCCCCGUCCUGAGCCUCAUGGUGGGAGGAGUUGUCACCAGGCUGGUCCCCGAUGACAGCACUGGAAUUGGCAAUUCUGCAAAUACCUCAGCAAUAGAUGAUGAGAGGGUGAUGGUGGCUGCAUCUGUAACCUUCCUUUCUGGGGUUUUUCAGUUGCUUCUGGGAAUUUUCCAGUUUGGAUUCAUUGUUAUUUAUCUAUCACAAUCAUUAAUCAGUGGUUUCACAACUGCUGCAGCUGUCCAUGUUUUGGUAUCUCAACUGAAAUUCAUGUUUCAGCUACCUGUCCCCGGAUUUAAUAAACCCUUUGGCAUCAUUUAUACUCUGGAGAGCGUUUUCAGCCAGAUCACAAAAACAAACGUUGCUGACCUUGUCACAUCCCUGGUUGUCUUGCUUAUCGUGUUUGUGGUGAAAGAAAUGAACGAUCGAUACAAGGAAAAGUUACCAGCUCCAAUCCCGAUCGAACUCCUUGUGACAGUCUUAGCAGCACUGAUUUCCUAUUUUGUCAACUUUGAAGAAAAAUUUAAAGUAGCUGUCGUUGGAAAACUAGAGGAAGGGUUUCAAGCACCUGUUGCACCUGAUAUAAGCAUCCUCCAGAAGUGUAUUGGUGAUGGCUUUUCCAUUGCAAUUGUUGGGUUUGCAGUAGCCUUCUCCGUGGCUAAAGUGUAUUCCAUCAAGCAUGACUACCCAAUAGAUGGCAACCAGGAUCUAAUUGCUUUUGGGCUGGGUAAUAUAGUUGGUGGAUCCUUCAAGGGAUUUGCCUCCAGCACUGCUCUGUCAAGAUCAGGUGUGCAGGAGAGCACAGGAGGCAAAACCCAGAUUGCUGGCAUUAUCUCAUCUGUCAUUGUUUUGGUUGUGAUCUUGGCCAUUGGGUUUCUCCUGGCACCAUUACAGAAGUCAGUCCUUGCAUCUUUGGCCCUUGGCAACUUGAAAGGAAUGCUCAUGCAGUUCAAGGAAGUAAGCAUCCUCUGGAGAAAGGACAAGUAUGACUGUGUUAUAUGGGUGGUGACUUUCUUAGCUGCUGUCUUUCUUGGCCUGGACAUUGGACUAGCAACAGCUGUGGCAUUCCAGCUGCUGACAGUGGUGAUCCGCUCCCAGUUUCCAAGCUGCACUGUUUUGGCCAAUGUUGGAAGAAGCAACAUCUACAGAAACAGGAAGGAUUACACUGAUAUCUAUGAGCCAGAGGGAGUAAAGAUUUUCAAAUGCUCCUCUCCAAUCUUCUUUGCUAAUAUUGAAUUCUUCAGAGAGAAACUCAUCACUGCUGUUGGCUUCAACCCUCUGAGAGUCCUGAGGAAACGCAAUAAAGCUCUGAGGAAGAUUAGGAAGAUGCUGAAGAAAGGAGAGCUGCAAGUGACACCGAAAGGCUUGAUUUGUAUGGCUAGCCCUACAUAUGAGUCAGAGGAAGAGUUAGACAACAACAGGGUGGAGGAGCUGGACCAGCCCACCGUCAUGACAGACUUGCCUGUUCGGAUCAACUGGGCCACUGACCUCCCCCCAGGCAUCACUGUGCCCCAGGUCAACAUCCACAGCAUCAUUCUGGAUUUCUCAUCAGUGUCCUUCCUCGAUUUUUCUGCCAUGACAGUCCUCCGAAAGAUUUUGAAAGAAUUUAUCCGGCUUGACAUUGACAUUUACAUUGCUGGGGCAUAUGAGGGCCUCCUGGACAAACUGGAGAGGAGUGCAUUUUUUGAUGAAGAGAUUAAGCCAUCCAUGUUUUUCCUCACCAUUCAUGAUGCGGUUUUACACAUUUUGCUGAAGAAAGACAUAGCCAGCUCCCCCAAAAUAAAGCUUACUGAGGAGAAGGGUAGAAGCAGUGACUGUGUUGUCAUCCCCAGGAAUGGACUGCGCAGCCGGGAGUGCACAAUUCCAACAGAAACAAAAUUUUAG